GCCAACCAGGUGCUCCAGAGAACCAGCGAGUAUCUCAGCUCGGGGCUUGUCUCAUCACAGCCUGCGUGGUACAAGGUGCUCGCACACAACACUCCUCGCCAUGCGUUCAACAAGAGCGUGCGGUUGGAGGUGUUGGAGAAGACGAAAGCGGAAGAGGUUUCUGCGAUCAGCCACAUCAACGCGAGACUGGCGGAUGGGUUUUACGUGACGAAGGUGAAGGUGCAGAAGAAGAAGGACGUCUCGAGUCUGUUGAAGUCACAGCAGCUGCACUUCAUCGAGGACGACCUUCGUCUGCUCUUCUACAAACAGCACCCGUGGGAGCUUGCCGAUCCAAAGAACCUCGUGGAGAACGAAAACAAUCUUGGCAAUGAGAGCUUCGACUGGAGCCAUCUGAGGCAGUUCGGGAAGAAGCUCGACGGGGAGAGCGUUGUCCAAAGAACCAUAUACCUCAUGGAGACGGAGAAAAAGACUCUCCUUGACUCGUACGAGCAGGCGAAGUUUGAGUACUACAGACUGAAGAUCCAGGACGAGACAGAGAUGAACGUUGUCCGGGAAGAGGGCGAGAUGUUCGGCGCAGUUUAUCCUAAGACCGCCAUCGAAGAAGGUUUCGACAAGGAGACCGAGGUCCUGCAGAAAUGGAAGACCGACGCCGUCGAGCAGACGAAGAUCCUUGACGCCAAGUUCAGCAACAAGGACUCCUCCGCCACUGCCUCCGCAGAC